CUGGUAAUCUCCGCCCGAGUGAGCGUGCGAGCGAGCGCGCGCGCAGGGAUGCCGUGAGGAGAACAAAAUGAGACGUUACAGAGACAAAUGCGGCGAGUUUCUUAAUAUCUCUGCUUUGUACGGAGGAUGACAUAGCGUAUUAAAAUGGACUACUGACAUUCUUGCGUGAUUGAGUGAUAUUUUAAAGUCAUAAAAACAGAGAGAUGAGUAUAAUCGCUUUAUCUUUGCUUCUGUGUGCUGAUCUACUGGAUUUCGUUAAAGGUUAUUUAACAGUCACCAUUGAGCCUCUCCCUCCUGUGGUUAUGGGGGACACAGUGACUUUGAAGUGUAAUUUCAGGACUGAUGGGAACCUACGAGAGAUUGUGUGGUUUCGGGUGAUGGAGGGUGGAAGCUCAAAACAGAAAAUCUUUACUUAUGAUGCCAUGUACAACUCCAAUUUUUCUCACAUGGAGGACUUUCGCAGAAAAGAAGACCUUGUUUACCAGUCAACUGUCAGGCUCCCUGAGGUACAAAUGGAAGAUGAUGGACCAUAUGAAUGUCACGUGGGGAUCUACGACAGGGCGUCUAGAGAAAAGGUGGUCCUGGCAUCUGGGAGCAUCACACUUAAUGUUAUGUCUCCGCCAAAAUCCAUAUCUGUUGUAGCAGCAAAUCAGCCGGCUCGCUUUAGCCGCUACGAAGCUCAAAACUUCACGCUUGUUUGCACGGUAACUGGAGGAAAACCUGCCCCUGUGGUGUACUUUAAGAGGGAUGGAGAAGUUAUUGAAGUCCAUUCUUUCAUAUCCCCCGAGAAACAAGAAAGCAGAGGCUUGCUAGGGGCCAAAUACAACCAGCCGCUUAUCAGCAGAGAACUGGAUGAUACAAAGAUCCAGAAGUCUCUUUCAUUCCUGGGCCCUAACAGCGAACUUGUCCGUUUGGAUAAGGACAGGUCUCAGCGCAGCUACACGUCUGGUGCACCUGUUCAAGAGGAACCCAGCCCCACUACCGAGGUCAUUCCUGAGACUGUGAUCAGUAGAGAGUUCCCCCGCUGGGUGCUGAGCUCCAGCCCUUUAUACUUCUUCAACCACACACAGUCUGUACUUCAAGACGGUACUAUGGAGGUUCAAGCUGUGCUUACCUGGCACCUGAACCCACAACUAGACAAUGAAGCUCUGUUCAGCUGUGAAGUCAAACACUCUGCACUUUCUAUGCCGAUGAAGGCAGAGGUUACGCUCUCUGCUCCGAAAGGUCCGAGACUCUCCAUGACUCCAAGCAGGGCAAAAGUUGGAGAUACAGUCCGUAUGAAAGUGGACGGAUUCCAGAUGGGAACCAAAACGAAUGAAGUGUUUCCCGAGCCUCUCUUCACAUGGACACGUGUGGGAGGACCCCUUCUGGAUGGAAGUGAGGAGAGAUUUGGGAAAGUACUGGUUCUGGAGAGAGUUCCAGCCGAGCUCAACGGCUCAAUGUAUCGUUGCACAGUCCAAAACCCUUUGGGGUCUACCAACACGCACACCCGCCUCAUAGUGUUCGAAAAUCCCAGGAUCAAGAAGGAGACUAAACAACUAAACUUGGGCAAAUCUGACGGAGUCAUGCUCGGACCCUCACUGAUGAUGAUGUUGCUGUUGUCAUUGACUGUGGAUUUAACAUGAAGAUGUGCUUUACUGUCAGCUGUCAUUUAUCUCGCUGUCCAGCAGAUCUUAUCAUCCAAGACUGAGAUUUCAGACGUGUGUUCAGAAUGAGAACAAUAAGAUCAACACGACCACCCCAUCAUGUGACUACGCUUUAGCUCGGUUUAUUCUACACCUGUUUAGUCACAAUACAGUGACAUAUUUAUGGACUGGAUUUAUUUCUAUGGGGUAUUUGUGCACAGCUGUGUGGCCGAAACGGAUUAGUGAUGGAAUGGGUCAGAUAAUCCUGGACAUAUAUUACAGCUUUCAUCAUAUUAAA